CAAACAGCGACAACAGCUAUGUCUGGGAGAGGCAAGGGCGGCAAGGGCCUAGGCAAAGGUGGUGCUAAGCGCCAUCGCAAGGUCCUGAGAGAUAACAUCCAGGGUAUCACCAAGCCCGCCAUCCGCCGCCUUGCUCGGCGUGGUGGAGUCAAGCGCAUCUCGGGCCUCAUUUACGAGGAGACUCGGGGAGUGCUGAAGGUGUUCCUGGAGAACGUGAUCCGCGACGCAGUGACCUACACCGAGCACGCCAAGCGCAAGACGGUCACUGCCAUGGACGUGGUGUACGCCCUGAAGCGGCAGGGGCGCACUCUGUAUGGUUUCGGAGGUUAGGUCGCUGGAUGCUUAAGUGUGCAGGAAUCUCAAAGGCCCUUUUUAGGGCCACCCAUAUAAGCAGUUGAAAGAGCUGGACACGAGAUCUAAUUUCGUUUGGACUUUGGUGUUACACUGGGGUCAAGGGAGUAGAGGAGGAACCGUGCCACCAACAGACCCCCCUUCACAUCUUCUGCUUCGUUUUACCUGUCUGGAAGGCUGUCAUUCCCCAGGCUAAAGCAGUAUUUCGGUUUGCCUCUAGCCUGAGUGGUAGUUCUGCCUCUUGGUGAUUUGAACUUUUUAAAUUUGGGCUUCACUUCUCAGUUCUGCGAUGAAAGUGGACCAGGUGACUAGGGCCUGAACAAAUUAAAGGAUGUUUUGUGACACUACACUGCUUAUUUGAAAAGGCACGAGUUCUUGCACUUGCAAAGUCAAAUCCAAUCAACUAUUCAAAUACAGAGUGGGGCA